AUGAGAGAGAGCGAGAGACACUGGCACGCGCCUUUCUAAGUGUAUCUGCGCGUGUCAGGAGGGAAGGAGCGGGGCCGUUUGAAGGUUCCUCAGCAGCAGUCGCACGCGCCCGGUUUUCUUGCGCCAGCGGACCCACGAGGCAGCUGGAGUGGAUACGAGACGCGUGUGCUACAGCGCAUCGUGCUGCUUUGGAGUUGGGCGCGGAGGUUCAAGUCAAACAGAGACAUUCUGUCGGUGCGUUCUGUAAGACUUCGCGUGAGAAAGGAAGAGGCAGACAGUCCAAACUCACACCGACAGACAGACCACCUGGAAAAGUUGGCUGGGGGCAGCGCGUGCAGGCUCUAAACAGCAACGGGAAAAGUCUUACUUUCUCAGCGGACUCCCGAGGAGCGGAGCGGAAUGUUCGCCCCGUGACGGACCCAGCCAUCAGUCCUGCGCUGCUCUGAGUCGGAGGGGGUUCGGCUCGGGGAUCCAGGCUGCGGUCGCUCCACCAUGUCAGUGGAGCCCAAGUAGACAGACAGAAAAAGAGAGAAGAGAAAGGUGAAAAAGAAGUACAGCAAACUGAGCAGAGGGAUUACAGCCGGACGCGACAUGUUCCUGAUUAACAUCAUCUCAGUGGUGUUUGUGUUGGAUGUGUGUGUGUGUGAGUCGGAGCUGGGAUCUCCCGGCUGGAGAGAACCUCCGGACUGCGUGCGAGCUUCUGAGCUGUGCAACCAGAACAGCCAGUGCAGCUCCCGCUACCGAAUCAUGCGCCAGUGUCUGUCUGGCGGGGACAAGGAGCGCAGCACCAUGCUGGCCUCCAAGGAGUGCCAGGGGGCACUAGAGGUGUUGCAAGACUCGCCGCUCUACGACUGCCGCUGCAAGAGAGGAAUGAAGAAGGAGCUGCAGUGUCUGCAGAACUACUGGAGCAUCCACAUGGGCCUGACUGAGGGUGAAGAAUUCUACGAGACAUCUCCAUACGAACCCAUUCAUUUCUCUGAGGAAUUCAGACACGCCUCCAUUAUCUCAGGUAAUACUGCUCUGCCGGUGCGUGUGUGUGUGCAUGCGUGCGUGCGU